AUGGCCCCAAGUCUCCUUUCAAGCGUUUCUGCUGUUGUUCUCGCCACUACUUUGGCGGCGGCUCCUGCUGCGGCUGCGGGCUCAAACAGUACCGCUGCGCACGCUCCGUUCGGAACCGUCACGUCCAAGCCUGGUGAGUGUGUCGUCGGCAACCCGAACACCUACAUCAGCACGAAAGACCUCCAGUGGAUCUGGGACAACCGCAUGAAGGCAGAUGUAACUGACCACGACAACUGGAUCAUCGAUCACAUCGUCAAGAACAAGGGCACGAUCAACUACUGUGUCCGCUGGGACAGCAAGACCAUCAAGCUCACCAAGGCUGACGCCGCCAAGUUCCAAGACAUGCUGACCCGUCAAUACGCUGCCUGGAACCACUGGUUCAUUGGUUACAAUUGCUGGCCGUACAACGAGAUCAAGGUCAACAUUGUCGGCUGGGCUACUAAGAAGGCAUCCGACCUGGGGUGGUCAGACGAUUCGUUGGACAAGGUCUACAUCGGUGACCUCGACCAGGACGGAGCACCUCAGUGUCCCGAGAACUGCUACCGCGCAGCUGACGGAUUUGGCGGCUGGUCGGAGUCUAGCGGACGUGAUGGCAAGCCGUUCGACGUCUCAUUCUGGUCAACGGAGGGUUUGGGCGGAGGCCUGGGUAAUUACAACUUCCAGCAGGUGGGGAUCGAAGAAAUGAUACCGCAGCUUGACGAGGAACAGCUCACGGUGACCGCGCACGAGAUUGGCCACAGUUUCGGUCUGCCGGACUUUUACCAGGAGCCCAAGCCCGACAACUUCAAGCCCUGCCUCAUCGACGCGCUCUCCAUUGACUCGAUCAAGGACACGGACGGGUGGAUGGUUCGCCGCAUUCUCGAAAACAAGAAACCCAAGUACGACUUUUAA